CCUGUGUGGCACUUUUCAAGCAAGGAAACGACGUGUUUGAGUUGACAGGAGCGCCAACACUACAGGUCCUGGUCUUGGACUUCUGAAACGCUACAAACAAUCAGCUCUAAUAGAUUUUGAGUUGAGAUAGAGUUGUGUGCAACGUGGGCACACCCUACUUUCGUCAGGAAAUGUGGUGAACUCUUUAAACUCUCGUGCGCAGUGCCAGUGGUGCGUGUGGCACUUUUCAAACAAGGAAACGCGGGUUUACACGAGCGAGCAUACCAGGCUAGGGAUCGGAGCUGAGACGAGUAACAACCCGGGACUCGAACCACCAACCUUCUGAUCCAGAAUAUCCAUAUUGUGAACCGUUACCGUACGAAGAAACACCACGGAUCAACAUGACAUUUUAGUUUACACGAGCGAGCACUUUGGGGAUCGGAGCUCAGACGAGUAGCAACUUGGGACUCAAGCCACCAACCCUUUGAUCCAGAAGAGCCUUAUUGUGAACCGUUACCGUACGAAGACACAACCAACACGGAAACUAUGCCAUUUUAGUUUACACGAGCGAGCACUUUGGGGUUCGAAGCUGAAGACGAGUAUUAUAUAAACAACCCGGGACUCGAACCAUCAAACUUCUGAUCCAGAAAAACUACUACGAACCGUUACCGUACGAAGACACGGCACGGAUCAACAUGCCAGCGGCCUGUCGGCUGCUACAGACGACUCUAAUCGUCGCGUUCCUGUCUCCAACACUGGUCAGGACCGGACUCGGACAAACAGGAAUCCAAGAUGGCGGCACCGUUUACGCCACAGCGGGUUCGAACGCCGACCUGCAGUGGAGCUACACCCUGCCAGCUGGUAUCACACCGCUGUUCCAAACAUGGCGGAAGCUACCGGACACAGGGAUCGCCAGCAAGACAAGCGUGGCGUACAUUUCUCCAGCUUACCAGGGUCGGGUGGAACUGUUUGGAAUGUCAGGCCUGCGGCUGAAAGACGUCACCACAGCGGAGUCGGGAACCUACCAACUGUACGUGGUGUCUUCUGACGGGGCAUCACAGACUUUACAACUUACUCUCGAAGUCGUAGCUCUUCCGGAAACAACCACCGACCAACCAACAAACACACCGAUAACAAGUACAGCCCAGACAGCUACAGCGUCUACAACGACAUCCGCUCAGGGGAUCCAAACAACCACAACAACUACCCCUUUACCAACAACUACAACGACAACCACUACACCGACAAUUAAACCGACAACUACUACUCAGACUACAACCAGGCCAACGCGUCCCACUACAGAUACCCCAAGUCAGGCUUCCACACACGGCACUACAACCCUUGCUGGGGGAGGAGUAGUAACUACAACUCUGCCCACAGGGACAACUACAACGGCAACACAAGUAGUUACAGCCACUCAGCCGACGCAAAAUACCUUCCCCUCGCAUGCUCCCACAACGACAACCCAGGCAACGACAACACAAACAAAUAAACCGACAACACAAACAACUACUCAGUCACAACCAGGCCAACACUUCCCACCAUGCCAACACAAACAACGACAACCCAAACAACCACUACACAUGCUACUACACACGGUACACAUGCUACUACACAUGCUACUACACAUGCUACUACACAUGCUACACAUGCUACUACACAUGCUACUACACAUGCUACUACACAUGCUACUACACAUGGUACAACGACAACACAAACAACCAGACCGACAACUACUACUCAGACCACAACCAUGCCAACUCGUCCUAGUACACAUAGCCCGACUCAGACUACCACACAAAGUUUCCCAACAAUCACUACACAUGGUACUACACAAGGUACAACGACAACACAAACAACACAAGGUACUACAACGAUGACUACAACGCAACCCAGUACGGCAGCCAUAAUUACAAUCACGCCUACAAUGCCUGUUGUCACCACCACUACACCUCAAACGACUGCUGUUACAACCACGGCCCCAACCACUACGCAACCAGUAGAGAACGGUGUUCAUGUUCUCGAUGACGGCACCACAGAGGUUGUGAUAGGGGAUUCAGCGCGACUGGACUGGGCCUUCAGUCUCCGGCCCGGCAGCGGCAUCUUCUACGCAGUGUGGAGGGACCCGGACAAGAACGAUAUCAUGCACAUGGUGGAGGAUACUGUAGUCAUCAACGAGGACAACCACAAGUACAACAACCGGACGAGUCCUAUCGGUGCAUCGAGUCUGCUGCUGAACGGGACCAGGCCUUCUGACGCGGGAAUCUUCACCUUCAUGGCCAUGUUCGCUCCUGAUAUCUCACGGCAUGAAGCGGGGAGACAGCUCAUCGUACAAUAUGCUCCAACUCCGCCACACAUAGAGGUGACGCCAAGUCCCACCACCAUAGUAGAAGGCGACACUGUCGAUCUCCAGGCAACAUCGGAUAGCGUUCCACCCUCUACUUACACGUGGGGCAGGCUAGACGGUUCUCUCCCAGAUACAGCCGUAGUAAACACCACACAAGGAACCUUGACGAUCACAGAAGUCAGCGUGGAAGACUCAGGAAUAUACACUGUGGUCGCAAAAAACUACUUAGGCAACUCUUCGCGCGCCUGGCCAGCUGACGACAGUGGGAAUUGCGCUGAUUGCGUUGGGUACCACGCUGGUUGUGGCGGUCCUGGUAGCAGCAGUACUCAGGUACUGGUGGGUCAGGAAAAGGCGAGGGCGCGCCGAGGGACGGACGGGACGGUGGUACUUCCACCCGUUCAUCUUAGACCGCGUCUAUCCGGCAGAGAUCCCGCCUCCCCCCGUCCCCGCCAGGCCGCAGUUCCUGAAGUACGAGCUGGACCGGAAGGACCUGGAGAUGAGGGAGGAGAUCGGCAGGGGAGCCUUCGGGGUCGUCCACCUAGCGACUCUGAAGAGAACUCCAGAUGGGGUGAUAACCAACAGGACAGUGGUAGUCAAGACUGUUCACGACGGCGCCAGCGUGGAGAAAAGGCGACGUUCGUGCGUGAGAUCGAGACGACGAUAAACCUGGGAGAACACCGGAACUUGCUCGGUCUGGUGGGCUGCUGUACUCUCGCCAACCCGCCGUACCUGGUCACGCAGUUCCUGCAGCACGGCGACCUCAAGAAGUUCCUGCUCAAGUGUCGGCAGUAUGUGUGUGUGAGUGUGUGUGUAUAUGUGUAUGUGUGUGUGACUGUGCCAUUAACUGUUAUAGGCACGGUUCUGGGUACAACAAUCCAUUUGUAUUUGUCCCAGGUUGUUAUAUCUGAGGCCGGUUACGUGCACGGUGACCUGGCGGCCCGGAACGUGCUGGUAGGAGAGGACCUGGUGGUGAAGAUCGCAGACUUCGGGCUGGCCACAGACGUCUACGAGCGAGGCUACCAGCGGCAGGACGCGGAGCAGAAGAUCCCGGUGAGGUGGAUGGCGCCGGAGAGGCUGCUGCGGGAGGGAAGGUACACCAGCAAGAGCGACGUCUGGUCGUUCGGCGUGGUGCUGUACGAGAUCGCGACGCUAGGGGACGUUCCUUACCCGACUCUUGGCGCCAACCUGCUGGAGGAGCUGCGCGGGGGACGACGGGAGCAGCGGCCGCAGGGCUGCCCAUGGGAACUGUACAACAUGAUGCUAAGUUGUUGGCAGUGGGACGAGUUCAGCCGCCCGGGGUUCCCUCAGCUGUACCUGGAGCUGGACCGUCUGGUGGAGGCAAACGCCGACGUCAGCUACCUUAAACUCUCCUCAGCCGCUUCCUCAGACGAUGAGAAGAGUUCCGGCAUCUUCACAGGCAGCCCCGCGUCUUCCGAGCACAGCCUAGACGGGUCCAGCACCUCGGAAACGUCUCAAGAAACGUCUCAAAAAUCACCAAAAACGUCCCAAGCAUCACACGAUCUUGAAGAAAGUAGCACUGAGAGUCUUCGACCUGUUGAAGAUGUCAGGCGGUUCACUGAAGCGAAUGCUGCCGCCGUUGGUAAAGCAGAAGGUUCUGGACCAGAUCGGCACCAGGUUCUGACCAGCGACCGCGUUUCCUACAAGUUUCCAAACCGGAAGAACAAAUCUCGAGAAAACAGUCGGGACAGCUCUAGAUCUGACUCCUCGGCUGCUGAGAUCCGGUUUGCUGAUCCUCGGCGAUCGGGGAGAUCCCGGGAAGAUCGUGCCAAGAUCGGGGUGGAUUCCUACGUUUACUACAAGGUUCCGCCCAAACACAGCCACAGAAAACAGCGGCAGGGAAGCGGGAAGGUCGUGGACGAAGAGCAGAUAGAAGUGGUGGAUUUAGACUCUAUUGAGUCGGAAGCACUAUACUUUUAAAUCCGGGAUGCCUUAACUGCUGCUGUUGUCGCUCCCCCAGCAUGAACUGUCCUAAAGCUAGAGUCACACAAGUGACAGGCUUCGGCCACACAUAUGUAGUCAUUAGCUUGAUUAAAUCGCUUUACGGUUGCCUGCCCACCAACAUCCAGCCGGCCCCCGAAAUGCGGGGAGGGGAAAUUAAAGCCGCGGACGGCAGAGUUUGCGUUACACAGACUAUGUACAUGUAUUCCUUGAUCGCUGGACAGGCGGCAGAAUUUGCCCCGUAGAUUCGAGCGUAUUUUUCGCCGGAAAACCUAUCACAUCGACUUCAGAGCUCAGUGACCGGCAAACAUCGAACGAACCGAGCGGGUUACGUGCUCACGGCGUAUAACUGUCGAAAGUGUGAACUGCAUUAUGUUUACAUUGUAUAUUUGAGCUCUGUAUAUGGGCAGGACGGACGUUAAGCCGAGAUCCACUGUUCAUUGUGUUUGUCGAAAAUAGCUAGAUGGUACAUGUACAGUGAAACUUUAUAUACUGUACACAGCGUCUGUGUUAUCUGUCACGACCAGUGGAGGAAAUAGCUCAACUGUUUCUUGAGUUAACUUCACGAUCACUUCCACAUAGUUACUACAGGACCACAGGAAGAAUAGCUGGAGUGUUAAUGCAUUGCAGCGAAUUGUAGAUCUAGAUGAAUUUAAAGUCAUAUACAGAAAUAUACAGUCAUAUACAGCAUAUAUGCAAAGUCUUUUUCAAAUUUCUGACAAAUUGUUUAUUUCAUCAACUGCAAGUCAAAAGACCGCAGUUAAGAUGACAACAAAUAAUACAAAUGCAUCUACUAUUUUAUAAAAUUACUUUCAUAAUUUAUUCUUUAAAAGAUUUUGGGCAGUAAAUGGCUAUCAAAAUAGUAACAAAAUUAGUUUAUUGUGGAAAAAGCACCCCUUUGUAUCUAUUUAUAUUAUAUAAGUUUUGACGUUUCACUGUGUAUCAUUCCUGCAUAUAUCAUAAAUUAUCUUUAUUGAAUAAAACUGACUUUAAUCCUGA